AUUUAAGCAACAGACCUUCCUUAUUUCGAUUUUUUAUCCUAAGAUUGACAUUCAUGUCCAAAUUAAAUUCUCCAAAAUUACAAUUAAAAUUAUAAAAAGAAAUAGGCCCCACCCGUAUUUUGUUUUCUUUAAUAAUUAAAAAACAUUAAUAUUUUCCACAGCUGGAGUUCAGUGUGACAAGGACCCAGAGGAGUAACGAGCCUUAACUUCCAUUAAACAGAAGCUUUUUUUUUUUUUUCUUUUCUGUUACCACUUUCUUAUGGGUUUCUGUUAAAAUCACCUUUAACAUUGCAUCAUUAUCCUCCUCCUCUUUUCUUGUCUUUGUUUCCAUGCAACACAUGUUCGUUUAUCUGCAUUCACUCUGAGAACCAAAUCUUCAUCCUAAGAAACAAGUACGAGGUUCAAGGAACAACAACAACAACAUCAACAACUGUUUUGGUUGGUGGAGAAGGGAGAAGGUGGGUUGGUGAAAAUUAUGGCUUUAUGGUUCUGCUGCGGAAAAGUUUCGAACCGCGCAAGGCGAGGGAAAGAACAACCCACAUGGCGAGUGUUUUCUUUGAAGGAAUUACACUCUGCUACGAAUAAUUUCAACUAUGACAACAAGCUUGGAGAGGGAAGCUUUGGCAGUGUGUACUGGGGCCAACUUUGGGAUGGAUCACAAAUUGCGGUGAAAAGAUUGAAAGUUUGGAGCAACAGAGCUGAGACAGAAUUCACAGUUGAACUUGAAACCUUGGCAAGAAUACGAGACAAGAAUCUUCUAAGUCUUCGUGGCUACUGUGCUGAAGGACAGGAACGGUUAAUUGUGUAUGAAUAUAUGCAAAAUCUGAGUCUCUACUCUCAUCUUCACGGACAUCAUUCAUUCGAAUGCUCUCUGGAUUGGAAUCGCCGGAUGAAUAUCGCAAUUGGUUCUGCUGAAGGAAUUGUGUACCUUCACCACCAAGCAAGACCACAUAUCAUUCACAGGGAUAUUAAAUCAAGCAAUGUGUUGCUGGAUUCUGAUUUCAAGGCCAGGGUUGCUGAUUUUGGGUUUGCCAAGCUGAUCCCUGAUGGAGCAACACAUGUGACUACAAGAGUUAAGGGAACUCUUGGCUACCUUGCACCAGAAUAUGCUAUGUUAGGUAAAGCAAAUGAGAGUUGUGAUGUCUACAGUUUUGGUGUUCUUCUUCUAGAACUCGCUAGUGGCAGAAGACCAACCGAAAAGCUUAGUUCCACGGUGAGGCGAUCGAUAGUUGAUUGGGCAUUGCCAUUGGUUUGUGAGAAGAAAUUUAGUGAAAUUGCCGAUCCAAGACUAAAUGGUAACUAUGUGGAGGGAGAGCUUAAAAGAGUUGUUUUAGUUGCUCUUAUGUGUGCUCAGGAUCUACCUGAGAAGAGACCAACCAUGCUUGAUGUGGUGGAGCUACUCAAGGGAGAGUCUAGGGAUAAAUUUUCUCAUAUAGAGAACAGUGAAAUGUUCAGAAACCCUCUAGCUGCAGAAACCAAUAAUGGAACAUCAUUGGCUGAUGAUAGAUUAGACUAUAUCUCAGAAGAAAAAGAAUUAGAACGUCCACUGAGAGAGAAUGCUGAAGUAUGAGCUUCAGGGAUUAAAUAUAAGCUGUGAAGGCUUUUGUGUUUGGUGCAUGAGUGUGGUUGUAUGAGUGCUUGGGGUUUAUCAGUUUGUGUAGUGUUUAUCCUUGUUUCUAUGCAAUAUUGCUUUCUAUAUUUUUGUAAACUAUGCCCUAUUAGAAUUUGUGAAUUUUUUGUUGUAAAAGCUUCAGCUUCACUCUCCUCACAAGUGUGAUGAGUGACAAAAUAUUGACAAUUAUAAAAGAAGUGUUUGACAAAAUGCAUACAAAAA